UUUGCCUUUUCAGUUCUCACAUGUUCGAGGAAAACAUGGCAGACCCCGCGAAAGACACGCAGAUUGUUACAGUAAAGAAGAAUAUAGCGCGUGGUCCACGGCGGGUGAUCAAUCAAAUCCCUGAAGACAUCCUGCAGGACCCGGAGAUCAACGAGGCGAUCAGAGUUCUACCUGCAAACUACAACUUUGAAAUCCACAAGACGAUAUGGCGUGUCAGACAAGCAAACUCCAAGAGAGUGGCUCUGCAGCUUCCAGAGGGCCUACAGAUGUUUGCUUGUGUCAUCGCAGACAUCAUCGAGAGGUUCACGGAGGCGGACACCAUCGUGAUGGGCGACGUGACGUACGGCGCCUGCUGCGUGGACGACUUCACCGCCCGGGCCCUGGGGGCCGACUUCAUGGUGCACUACGGCCACAGCUGUCUCAUCCCCAUAGAUUCCACCGCAGGCAUUAAGAUGCUGUACGUGUUCGUGGACAUCCAGAUGGACAAUGCCCACUUCCUGGACACGGUCAAGUUCAACUUCCCCGCCGGACACUACCUGGCGCUGGUCAGCACCAUCCAGUUUGUGGCUGCGCUCCAGGCUGUGAGUGCAGCCCUGAGGCCAGAGUAUGAAGUGCUGGUUCCACAGUGUCGGCCGUUGUCCCCGGGAGAGAUCCUGGGCUGCACCUCUCCCCGCCUGGACCGCAACGUCAACGCUAUAAUAUACCUGGGAGAUGGCCGGUUCCACCUGGAGUCCAUCAUGAUCGCCAACCCUGACCUCCCGGCCUACAGAUAUGACCCUUACAGUAAGGUGUUCUCCAGAGAGUACUACGACCAUGACGCAAUGAAAGCCAUCCGGCUCAAGUCCAUCGAACAGGCUCGUUCGGCCCAGAGAUGGGGCCUCAUCCUGGGGACACUGGGCCGGCAGGGGAGCCCCAAAGUGCUGGAGACGCUGGAGGCCAAGCUGGAGUCCCUGGGGAGGUCCUUCAGCCGCGUGCUGCUGUCUGAGAUCUUCCCAAGCAAACUGGACCUGAUGCCCGACGUGGAUGCGUGGGUCCAGAUCGCGUGUCCGCGCCUGUCCAUCGAUUGGGGCUCGGCCUUCACCAAACCACUGCUGUCUCCCUAUGAGGCUGCGGUGGCGCUGCAGCAGGUGGGCUGGCAGGAGACGUACCCCAUGGACUUCUACUCCAACCAGAGCCUGGGGCCAUGGACUCCCAACCACCCCGACCACCAACCGGCACGUCCGGCCCGCAGACAGGCCCAGAAACCAGCCUCCAAGCCAGCCUGCACCGCAGAGCCCGCAGUACCCAGCAUGCAGUGCUCCCAGAACCAGUGCUCCCAGAACCAGUGCUCCCAGGACCAGUGCUCACAGUCCCAGUGCGGCCAGAACCAGUGCUCACAGACCCAGUGCGCCCCCUGUGGCUGUCACAAAGAAUGACACAAAAAACUCUACAUCCACUGCUUUUUUCACCAGCUUCACUAAUCACAUGCAGCUCUUGCGGCUUACUGUAUUAUAGCCCACUGUACAGUAAGGCUGCCACGAUGGAGGACACGAUGUCUAGAAAGAGAGAGAGGGAGAGACACUCUUGUUCCAGAUGGAUUACAGAGCAAUGCUCUUCUAUCCAUGGGCAAGCCAGAGGAAAUGAAAUGCAUUUGUUGUAUUUACAGUUGGAGGGGGGAGAGGGAGAGGGGGGAAACAGAGAGAGGGGGUGACACAGAGAGAGGGAGGGGGAGGGAGGGGGGAGAUAGGGAGGACGAGAGAGGUGCUUGUGUUCUUCCUAGACAGGACCUAGCGAACUGAAUGGUGUUGUUGAAGGAUGUGGUGGUUAAAUCGACUGGCUUCCUGUCCAACCCGAUGAUGCCGUCAGCAACACCGAUGGCAUCAUGAUGUUCACUCACACGACCGCGUGUGUGCGUGAGGUUACUGUGUGAGAUGAAGCCCUUUCUCUGUAUAUAAUGUCAAUAAAAAACACACUUAUUUAAAUC